ACGACGAAGCCCGGGACGGCAGGCGCGCGGGUUAGAACGCGCCGGAGGGCGGCGCGCCCGCGCCCGCAGCGCCCCUACCUCAGGUAGAGAGGCCAAUGAUUCCGAAUGUGUAAGGAGCGGCAGCGGCGGCGGAGGUGGGGGCGGCGUGGGUGGGGGCGGGGGCGGGAUGCGCUCCCCGGCCCCUCUAGCCCCGUGGAGGUACAACUCGAAGGUGUGGGGAGGCCGCGACAAACCGGAAAAAAGGCAGUGCACCGGAUACCCCGGGCCUCACUUCCGGGAGAAGAGGAAGGAGUGUAUGGGAGGGGGCGGGACCUGGAACUUGGCCCGCCCCUCUCCUUGAGCUUGGCGCUGCGGCAGGGUUCUGUGGCGUCACUGCACUGUCAUCCUGUCCCACCUGUCUCCGACGCUGACACCUUCGCCUGUGAGACGUCGCGACCUGUGACGUCAGGGGGCACCUCAGAUCUUUAACUCCAGAAUGGGAUCCCGGAAAGGCAGCGUCGGGCACCGAACUCAAAAUUCUUUUUUCCCGUUCCUCCUGCAGAGCUGAGCCUAGCCCGGGUCCUGGACCUGUGUAGUACUGACCCUGGAUUUCUCCUCACCUCAUUCUCGCUCCCUGCACUACCUGCUGGACCUCGGAAUGCCGGGCAUCUCCGCCCGGGGUCUUUCUCACGAGGAGAGGAGGCAGCUAGCUGUUAACCUCACCCGUGUGCUGGCGCUCUACCGUUCCAUCCUGGACGCCUACAUCAUCGAAUUUUUCACAGACAACCUAUGGGACACACUCCCUAACUCAUGGCAGGAAGCGUUGGAUGGACUGAACCCACCACAGCUGGCUACACUGCUGCUGGGGAAGCCUGGGGAAGGGGAGGUGGUAAGGUACAGGUCAGUGUGGCCACUCACCCUGCUGGCCCUGAAGUCCACGGCCUAUGCCCUGGCCUUUACCCGGACGCCUGGCUUUCAUACCCCCUCGGAGUUCCUGGAGAACCCCAGCCAGAGCUCCCGACUAACAGCUCCUUUCCGGAAACAUGUCAGGCCCAAGAAGCAGCAUGAGAUCCGGAGGCUGGGAGAGUUGGUGAAGAAGCUGAGUAACCUCAUAGGCUGUACCCAGGUUGUGGACGUGGGCUCAGGCCAGGGUCAUCUCUCCCGCUUCAUGUCUCUGGGGCUGGGGCUGAUGGUGAAGAGCAUUGAGGGGGAUCAGAGACUGGUGGAGAGAGCCAAGCGUCUGGACCAGGAGCUCCUGCAGGCUCUGAAGAAGGAGGAGAGGAGGAACCCACAGAUACGUGCAGCGGGGGCUACAGCGUGUGGGGCUAGACCCCCAGCUACCACUGAAUCUGGCUGCUCUCCAGGCCCACCAGGCCCAGGAGAACCGUGUGGUGGCCUUCUUCAGCCUGGCCCUACUGCUGGCCCCACUGGUGGAGACAUUGAUUCUAUUGGACCGGCUGCUCUACCUUCAGGAGCAAGGCUUCCAUGCUGAGCUCCUGCCCAUCUUUAGCCCUGAACUCUCUCCCAGAAACCUGGUUCUGGUGGCUACCAAGAUGCCCCUGGGUCAGGCCUUCUCUGCUCUGGAGACUGAAGAUAGCUGACACAGCCUGAGUAAGAGCACAUCUCAGACCCCAUCUGAAACCACCCAGAUACCAUAGUGUAGCACAGUACACCUUACCCAGAGAACCAGCAUCCUGCAUCCUCCAGAAUCCUGGUUCCCCACAAGCCUUCAGUGUCAUACCUUUUCCCUCCAUGUGGUAUGUAAUAUUGUAUAAAGUUUUAUUUUUUAUUUAUCAAAAAACAGAAAUCUUUAUUUCCC